UUCCGUCGUCGGCGCGCCUCUACCGCUUGCGCACUCUUCCUGCCGUCUCACCCGCGUUCCGUUGGAAACCACUGCUGCGAGUCCCCCUCGGCGACGGUGAACACAGGCUCUGUAUAAGAUGACGGCGAACAGCACGUAUUACUACUACGGUGACGGUGCGGUCAGCGUCAUGGCGGUGCUCCUGCUUGCGUUCAUGGUGCUCGCUGUGCUGGGAAACGCCAUGGUGGUGCUCACAGUUCUCCGACACAGAGGCAUGCGCACGCGCACCAACAUGUUCAUCGUUAAUUUGGCAAUCGCUGACAUUCUGGUGGCGCUUCUUGACAUGCCCGUAUCCAUGGCCACCCUGCUUCGUGGUGACUGGGUCAUGGGCCAGGCCUUCUGUCAAUUCAACGGAUUCACCAUGGCUCUGCUGCUCAUGUGCUCCAUACACACGCUCAUGUACAUGAGCGUCCACAAGUACAUCAGCAUCACACGCCCUUUCAGCCACCGCGGAGAGGGCUACCGCAAGGUGGCUGUGUUUCUCGUCGCCGCUUGGCUCUGGCCCUUCUUUUGUGCGAUCACGCCGUUUCUCGGCCUGACCGAGAUCGUCUACAAGCGCGGUGCUUCCCAGUGUGGACCGGCCUACCCGCGAGACCUGAAGAUGUACUCGCACUCGGCUCUCAUAACCAUCACCAACUACUUCGUCCCGCUCGGAGUGAUGGCCUUCUGCUACGUUAACAUUUUCCGCGUCAUAGCCGACCACAUGUCGCGUGUCAAGAACCACAUGGGUCUUCACAACUCGGUGGUGCAGCAGAAGCGCAUCAAUAUCACCCUUUUUCUCGUGCUCAUUUGUUUCCUGCUCUGCUGGACGCCGUACAUGAUCUACACCUUCUACGUCAACAGCCGCGGGUCCAAGACGCACGUGCCCUACAUCCUGAACCCCGUGGCAGUGCUGCCCAUAAAUCCUGCAGCUCCCAACCAAAAUCUGGAGAUGACAUACAUGGGAGCGGCUGCCGGGCGUCCGUGCACAGGCCGAAGCGCUUCCUUUCGCAAACGAUCUGGCUCAGCCUCCCCGGCCGCAAGGGCCACUCGGACGUGUCCAGCGGGUCGCCCCACUCGGUGACCGCCCCGAAGCAAGCCGAAGCCAUCGCCGAAGGUUCCGAGGAGACUGCGCUCGCCGACCCCUGUGGAGCAUCAGUAGCCGUGAAGCACGUGUAGGCUGUGCUGACUUGCGUCAGUGCAAUUUAGUGCUCGCCCUGAAGCUACAACAGGAAGUCAUUCAACAUUCUUGGUGCCACAGUCAUUCACUAACCUUUGGGGCACAUCUUAUUUCGUCAUGAAAUACCAGUACAUGAUAGGCAAAUGCAUUUCAAAAAUGUAUUGUACAUUUUUCGUUCUCUAAUCAUCCGAGGAAGCGGUGUGUUUCCUAUCGUGUUUUCCUAUCGCCAUCGUGAGGUAAACUGUUUUCCUUGAGCGUAGUUUUCCCACCAAUGUAGACGAUUGUGGAUUUUACGAGCUUUAGACAAGGACACUAGCAUUAUGCUGUACUAAACGAAAAAAAAGUGAGCAUGAGCAUGCUCUAAAAGUAUUAGAAUAAUGUCCAAGUUCGGUCUAGGUAAGUCUCAAAGCGUCGGGCGAAAAGUUGUUUAUAACCAAU